GUCAACUGUAACUGAACUGACAUUUAAAAUUGGAUUCGCGAUUUGAAUUUUGGAGUGCAAAGUUUUUUUUUCGUUUAGUUAUGGAUCCAGAAAAACAAAUGGAAGAAAUACAAAACAUUCUACAGAAACUAGAAAAUACUCAUUUAUCAUCCGGUCCUUUACGCGAAAAAAUCAACUGUUGCAAAGCCAAACUGAACCUAAACAAUGAUGAUAUGGAAGUUAUUUACAAUCUUACCGAAACACAUUCGCCUGGUUUGAGAAACAAAACUGUGCAUAAGUAUGCAAAACUUAUAGAAAAAGAAUCGGACCUUUGUCAAAGAUUAACUCAACUAGAGUUGAGUAAGCAAACCUUAGAUAUAAAAUGUUUUACAUAUCCAAAGGAGAAAAAGAUAGAAGAGAUGUUGCGACGAGUCCAAGAAAUGCCAAAAGAGUGGACUAUUGUUCAGUUAACUCCACAAUUUAAUCCAUUGGAAAUAAUGAACAACAACAAAUAUAUUUAUUUUACAAACUCAAUUCACAUUUCUGUAUUCCAUUGUGGUGAAAAAGAAGAGCCAUUUUUUGUCACAGCUAAUGCACCAAGAGAUUCUGUUAAUGGAGAGCAAAUUGAGUUGGCAAAGGAAUUGCUAUCAAUAUUGAGACUAAAUAAGGAAGGUCUUACAAGUCACACACAAUCAAGAUUUGAAAACCAUAAAGAAAAACAACGGUAUUGUGAUAAAAUACAAAGUGUUGACGACAGAAUGAAGUUGUUAAUAAAGGAUAUUCAAAAUUUAUGGCUAAAAGAAUGGAGAUGUCUAUUUACAGGAAAAUUUUGUGAUACAAAUCUUGAACAUCAAAUAAAAAUAGAGCUUAAAAAAUGUUUCACAACACAAGUUCCUGACUUAAAGUUAACAAAAAAAAUUGAGAUGAUCUUAUGUUGUGCCAUCAAAACUUAUAUUCAGUUAAAUAUGAAUGAGGUCAAAAAAGUUGUACACUAUUGCUUACCAGAUGCUAAUAAAAACGAGAUAAGAAUCAUUGGAAAUUUUAUCAGGAGUAUAGGUCAAAAACUUUUUAUCGAAAAUUCAAAGACCAAAUGCCAUCCUGUGAUUUUAAUUUUGCACGAUAGUUUAGAUGCUUUUCCGUGGGAAAUGAUAGAUGUAUUAGAAGAACAACCUGCUUGUCGAUUGCCCUCCCUUCAUUUCCUCUAUUGUCUGUUUAAAGAACAUGAAAACGAGAUAGUAGAUGGUUACAAGAUCAUUACAGAUUACGAAAACGGAGGGUAUGUCGUGAAUCCCAAUUUGGACCUAAAAAAAAUGGAAACCAGAAUGAUGUCAUUUUUCAAUUACUGGACACCCAAGUGGAUAGGUUCUGCGGGAUAUUCACCAACUAAAGAUCAUUUCUUUGACCUAUUAACCAAUACUGAAAUUUUUUCUUAUAAUGGCCACGGAAGCGGAAGUAAUUAUAUUCCAACAGAAAAACUUCAAAAGUCACAUGUGAAAGCCAUUGUACUACUUUUUGGGUGCGGUAGUACCAGACUGGUGAGGACAGAUCCACAAACGGACAUGUUUGGGCAUUAUUACAUGUAUCUUAUUGCUCGUUGCCCUUGUGUGGUAGGAAUGUUAUGGGAUGUAACAGAUAAAGCUACGGAUAUUCUUAGCACAGAUUUUAUGAGCUAUUGGAUACCCUCAAAUGCUUCGAAACAUUGGAAAUACGUGGAUAAGGAAAAGUGGAAAAAAGGGGAAGAUAAAGUAAUUCUUUCAAAUAACCAACCAGCUUUUGAAGAACAUUUGUGGGAACCUGGUUUAUUACUAGCUCUUAUUUGGGCUAAAAAGAAUUUACCGAAUAUUAUGACAAGAGCAGCUUGUGUAGCUAGAGGUUUACCAGUGAGAAUUAAGAAAAAAUGUUAGGAAACAGUUUUAAUAUUCAAUUUUAUUUCAUUAUAUUUAAUUGUUUUAAAGUUUUAAAAGUAAUUUAUGAGCUGUAGAUAAAAAUUAAUUAAUAAGAAAAACUGCUCACUUGCUAGAAAAACUGUAUUGUCACCAGAUAAAAAUAUAAAAUAUAUGUCUAUAAAAUUUAUAAAUAUUUUAAUAAUAAACGAAUUUUACUAUUUAAAAAAUAAUUUUUAAAAUCGACUAUAACUCAACAGCUAAAGCUAUACCCAUGCCGCCGCCGAUACACAAGGCCGCCACUCCUUUAUUUUUUCCCAAUCUGUGUAAGUUGUGAAUCAGAGUCACAAGCACCCUCGUACCCGAACAUCCUAUUGGAUGACCCAGAGCGAUAGCGCCACCUGUAACGUUUAUUUUAGAUUCAUCUAUUUGAAGAGUGUUAUUCACGACAAUGCUCUGCACCGCAAAGGCUUCGUUAAGUUCGUAGAGGUCCACUUCCUCCUUUGUCCAACCGAUCUUCUUC